AUGUCGGCGGCCACGAUGAGGCAUCCCUUCAGCAACUCCUUCUACGCCGAGUCCGAGGCCACCGAUCGCAGCAGCUUUGUCGAGCCUAUGGCUUCCGGCUCGAACGCCAACAAGACCCGCGAGCUGGCUCGGGCCGUCGGCCGCGACCUGGCAGGCCCGCCGCCCUCGUUCAGACCGCCCUCUGGCUGGUCUGUCGAUGGCAGGAACGCCGAUGUGGUCUGGCAGGGCGACGGCCCGCGAGGCGACUCGUUCCACGAGGACCAGUUCUCAGACGCGGAGAGCUGGGACGCCGACCACGUCGCGGGAUCCGCAUUCACGCCGGUGAUUGACGACGACGGCAGGAGCACCUUUGGCCACGUCCGCACCUCGAGCGUCGGCAGCUCGGUCUUUGCAGGCCGCGGUGCCCAGCCGGAACGCAAGAGGAAAGAGGCGCCACCGCCGCUGCCGCUGGUGCCGGCCGAGCACCUGAUCAGCGUGGGCAAGUCGGCGGACAGUCCCGUGUUUGCGCUGGUAAGCCCCGCCACCGAGCACAGCAUGUACGAGAGCGCCGCGGAUCACGACGGUGGUCCGGCGGAAGGAGAUCGCACAGCCCGAUCAACCGCUUCGGACCAUCGCAGGCCCAUCGGCGAGUGGCAGAUGCCGCGCUCCGGGACGACAUCCUUCGUCGGCAAGGACGACGAGGGAAACAUCCCCUCGAGGAGCUCCUCGCGUUCGAUCGCCUCGAUGCGGCGAGUCUCGAGCCGCGAGGCUGAAGAAACGCAAGGGAGGGUGGCCUCGCACGGCUUUACCGACAACAUUGGUGGCGAGGGACAGUCCAGAAGCAGCGCGCACGAGCCCAAUGAGCACGCCUCAUCAACCCCAUCUCGAGCAGCGUCGUCUCUGAGCGAUGCCGAAGCCGUGCGCCGCUUGCCCGAUGGGACCUUGAUCCCCAAGAUGCCGCCGAUCCCGAGCGCCGAUGAAAUGCCGCGUCAGCGGUCGACGAGCAAGCAGCGCAACCGCAAGGACCGCUCGCCAAUGGUGAUGCCCGAAGACGAGGCCGAAGACGAGGAGCGCAAGUACCUCGAAGAGAUCGAAGACCCGAAGCGGAUGAGCACGCUGGGGCCCAGACUCAAGAAGAACUCGCCUGCUCCCUGGGAGCUCACGGGCUUGGCCGAGGAAGAGCCCCUGCCUCGGCCUUCGCUGCGAGAUGCGCUCAGGGGUAGCAGCGAUGGCCAAGACAGGUCCUUUGGGCGCUUCCGCAGCAGACCCUCGGUCGAGAGCCAGGCCGCUCCGAGCCGGCACGCAGCACAGACGGCGUCGGGCCUCGGUCGCAACACCACCAUCGCUUCGCUCGAGGAAGAGGCGCAUGCGGAGGAAGAACCAGGGCCGCACAACGGCGGGGCAAGCACCGAAGGCGGCUCGUCGUUCCUUGCUUCGCAGCGCGCCAGAUCCAAGAGCGUCUCCACCAGCGCCGCUGCCGGUGUGCUCAAGGGUCUUGGCCUGGCCAGCUCUGCGGGCCCGGCUUCGAAAAAGUCGAAGCUGGUCAAGGCGUUCCGGCUCGGCCGCGAAGACAGGAGCAGCAGCACUGACGGCGCUGGCCCAGACCUCCCCCACCCAGCCUCGACGUCAGGGCCGACAGCUCCGUACGCACAUCGGCCCCAGCCCCUGGCCCGGUCGAUCGGCUACAAGAAGACGUCGCAGGACAGCGCAUCUUCGUUGCCAUCACCCACCGACCGUUCCGCCGGUCCGAUGGCGGCGGCGAGGAGGCCAAGUCCCGACCUGGCUCAGCUGAUCCAGGCCGCCAACGGCAAGUACCAGGACCAGGCCUACUCGCCCAGCUCGUCGCCGAGUCUGGGCGGACGCAGGCCGCUCUCGCCUCGCGUCGGCAACGGCGGGCUGUCGCUGCCAACAAAUCGAUCUCCUGGCUAUGUCCCUGCCGGCGGUCUCACGGCGAGCGUCAGCAAGGACAGCCAGCUUACCGUCUCGCAGCUGCCAUUGUCGACGUCGUCGCGAUCGCUGGCGGAGGCGGAUCGCACCAGUGCACCGCCCCGGCCGGAUGCCUCGCAGCAGCCCGUGGUGUCGACGCGCAGCGGCAGCGGCGAAAGCUCGCGGCCAUCGACGGUCUCCGAGAGCAGCACGUCGGCCGGCAAGUCGUCGGGCCCGAUGCCCGCGAGCAGCAAGUUCCCGGGCAUUCCCGACGGCGCCCUCCCGCUCUCGAGCAGCGCCUCCGUGGGGUCCGGCGCCGCAGGGCUGCCCAUGCCAGGCUUCCACCACGGCGUGCAGUACAAGCUGAUCUCACUGGAGCAGGCGCGCGAGCAGAUGAAACACUCGCACGACCGCUUGGCGCCCUCGCCAUCGAACCGCGACCAUGGCCCGCACUCGUCGCCCAACCUCAGCGCCGGAAGCGCCAGUCCGAUGCGCCACUCUCCGAGCAUGCAGUCCAUCCACUCGGCGCACGGGGAUGAGCCCCGAUCCCGGCAGCCCUCCGAGGGCGGCCUUUCUCAGCGGGCCAUCAAGAACAAGAAGAGCAGCCUCUUCAGGAUGGGCAAGAAGAAGGACAAGGGCUCCCUCCACGACAUCGACGGUGCUGAGCUAGGCUCGGGCAUGGGAGGCGCUCGCGAAUUCAGCGGCACCGGCCAGGUCGUCGGACUGAUGCCCUCGUUGAGCGUCACGGGCUCCGAGCUCGACGAAGGCUCGGCCGCCAACAGGAAAGACGUUCUCGCCGAGACGCCGGCGCUGUCGCUGCGGCCGGUGAGCUCGAUGUUCUCUGGACUCGGCGCCAACUUCCUCGACUCGUCCAUCUCCGACGCUUCUGACAUUGCUCCGCACGGCGGGCCCUCGUCGGCCCUGACGGCCGGCACCCGAGGACUGCUGGCGCCGUACUCGCCGGCGCUGACGUCGCACUCGCAGGAAGGCAGCAACCGAUCUUCGACGGGCACCAGCUUCGAGGACGCCUCGGAGAGGCUGCGCACUCCCGUCUCGGCCUCUCCUGCCGGCUCUGUCCGCCGGCCGAGCGUGGCCAAUAUCUCGCCGACGCCUCACACGGCCGCGGUGCCGGGUCCAGAGGUGCCUGGAUCGGCCGGCAGUCAGAUGAGCGUCAAGGCCUCGGUCCACUCGGUCGAUCGGAUGCCCAGCCUCGACGCCGGAGGCAGCACGACCAGCAGCCACUCGCGCUUCCACUCGCCAGCCACCUCGCCGCUGACGCCGUCGUUCAACAACGUCCACCAUCCCAUCCACACCAAGCGCGGAGGUCUCGACGACCAUUCGCUGAGCACGCACCCACGCAGCCGGGCUCGGCCCGAUGCUACGACGGUCAACAUCCAGAGCAUCGCCGAGGCGCGGCCCGAAACGUGGGCCAGCCAGCAGAGUGGCAGCGGCAGCGGCGAAUCGGCUGCUGCGACCGCAUCGCACAGCCUCGGCGUGCCCAGCGGCGGCAGCGGCACUGGCAGCCCAAAGCUGGGGCCGGUCCCUGAGGAGGUGCGGAAGCGGGCGAUUGAGAUCGAGGUGCAGAUCAAGCAGCUGGCCAGCGAGCUGCACCAGCUUCGCGACACCCACCUCUCCACCGUCAGCGCCGCGAGCUGGGCAUCGGCGGUCGCGUCGGCCGCGUCGGACGCCACGAUGGCCGAGGGGACCGACGGUGCCUCUGCGCCCAUCAAGAGCUGCCCCUGCUGCGGUUGCGGAUGCGCCGAGCAGAGACGCCUCCAGUCGCUCAACGAGGUCGCCGUGCUCAAGGGUCUCGGCGUCCUGGAUCGCGGCCGCGCGCUCAAGCCGUCGUCCAAUAUGGGCAACACGGGCAAGUUUGGCGGCUACACCAACCGCUAG